AUGGCUCGACUGGUCCGGGCAAUGGCCCUCACGGUGGGUGGUGCCACUGCCGCCUACUUUGGUUGGAAGGAGGCCAUGACCCAUGACCAGGUCUCCUUCACGCUUCUCAAGGCGGCCAUGCCCGUGAUUGGCUUGCUUGAUGCCGAAACGGCGCAUCGGGCGGCGGUGCUCGCCGCGCGUCAUCACUUGACCCCCAAGCAGCAGGCUGCAGAUGAUCCCGUCCUUGCUACUGAGGUUCUCGGCCACACCUUUAAGAACCCCAUCGGCCUGGCCGCUGGCUUUGACAAAAAUGCAGAAGCCGUCAAGAGCAUGCUUGAGCUCGGCUUUGGCUUUGUCGAGGUGGGCAGUGUUACGCCACAGCCGCAGCCUGGCAACCCCAAGCCUCGCGUGUUCCGCCUUCGUGAGGAUGAGGCCGUUAUCAACCGUUACGGCUUUAACAGUGACGGCAUUGAGUACGUGGCCGCGCGUCUGGACAACCUGCGACGCGCCCCCUUGGAUGGUCCACUGGGCAUUAACCUGGGCAAGAACAAAAACCAACUCAAUGCUGCAGCUGAUUACAAGCGAGGCAUGCGUGAACUGGGCCCGCUGGGUGACUACGUGGUGGUCAAUGUCUCCUCGCCCAACACCCCCGGCCUGCGGGAUUUGCAAAACCGUGAUCAGCUCAAGCAACUACUCACCGCUGUGCGCAAGACGCGCGAUGGCCUCGACCUAGCACGACCGGUUCCGCUCCUUGUCAAGAUCGCCCCGGACAUGGACGAUGCGUUUCUCGAAGAUGUUGUGGCCGUCGUGCGGGAGACUCGCCUGGACGGCAUCAUCGUGUCCAACACGACCGUUGCUCGUCCGGCGUCCCUCGCCUCGGCCAACAAGGAAGAGACGGGUGGUCUUUCCGGUAAACCGCUCUUUGAGCCUUCAACGCAGAUGCUGCGCCGCGUGUACGCGUUGACCAAGGGCACGGUCCCACUCAUUGGCGUUGGUGGGGUGGACUCUGGCGCGACUGCUUACGCCAAGAUUCGAAGCGGUGCAUCCCUGGUCCAGCUCUACACGUCCAUGAGCCUCCAAGGUCCGCAAAUUGUAUGUGAUAUCAAGCGCGAAUUAGCGGAGCUCCUUCAUCGCGAUGGCUUUACAAAUGUGGCCGAGGCCGUGGGCGUGGACGUGCCCUUGUCCACCCCCUUGGCCCGCCAAGCCAAGCACACGCCCGUCGGUGCCGCUGCAACCAACUCGUGGAUGUCCUCCUGGCUUUCUUGGUUUGGCUGGUCGGCAGCCAGCGGUCCCAAGGAGCGCCCCCCCCUUCCCCCCACCCCCCCCCACACACACCUUUGCAAACCGACAGCCGACAUGGUGAUGCAUCCUGUUUCUCCUCAUCAAACCUCGCACUUCAGGACGACGCUUUUUGAGCCAAGUGACAGAAAUUACGGCCGUCAUAGGACUCUAGCGUGACGCACGCAAACCCCUGAGUUUUUUUUGAAUCCCACUUGUUCGUUUUACACCACAGCCUCGUCUCCUUCUUCUUUUCGCUCCUCUCGAUGGUGUUUGGAUGUUUGCAUACCGUUUAUCAAAUGCCAUUGAAUUUUGGUUUUUCUGUGUCUCAAGUCGUUUAUGUUUAUUGACUCUACCAGGGCGUCACAGCGCGCCUGCACGAUUGAGAUCGAGCCGGAA